AGCUACAUGGAAAUAUCUUACAAACCCCAAUGGCAUCCAUCUUCAACAAAUCCAAGCUACACGCCGGCGCUCCACUGCUCGGCCUGCGACGACCUCUCCGUAGCGCUGUCUGAACAUCUCCGAUUCUCUGACGGUCAACCUAAAAGCUGUCUUUGCUCUCCAACAGCCCACCGAGGCUCUUUCCGUUGCAGCCUCCACAAGCCCUUUUCCUCCUUGUUGAUAAACCCACGCAAAUUGGCCAUUCAGAAGUCCGUUGAGCGGAAUGUUUCCGCUAACUGCGGGUGGGUAAAUCGCAUUAUGAAGACGCAGGUCUGGCCGUCGUCAAUUCAGAAACGGCGACGGAAGGAGUUCCAGCGGCGGCCCAGCCGGCUUUCCGCUAUGUCCAAAUAAGCUAGAUAAAUUUUCCCUUAAGCUAAAAAUCAGUUUUGCUUUUUUUCGUUUAGUAAAUU